AUGGUGGACGUGCUUAGGUCCGUGGAGUUGGACAAGUGGACGGAGAAGCAGACGACAUCGAUGCGACUUGGCGGGAACAGGCGACUGGACGAGUACCUCAAGGAGCACGACCACUCCUCGCUCUCGUCCGACCUGCAGCAGAAGUACGACAACACCGUAGCCGAAGACUACCGGUUCAUGCUGGCCACGGAGGUCGCACAAGCGCUCGGCCUUCCACCACCCGAGAAGAUCGUACCGCGAGAGCGCCUAGCCACGCAGAACUCGGCCCUGAACAAAUACAAAGGAGUGCAAUCCAUCUCGAGCGACCAGUUCUUCGGCAAGACGGACAUUGCGCCUCGACAAGGGUCCACCACGCACAACGGCUACCAGCGAUUUGAUGAUGAUGGCGAGCCGGCCUGCUGCGGUUGCUGCUGA